AUGGUAAGUCGCAUUGACCCUAAUUCGUCGAAAAAGGGUGAAGCUGGUCUACUGCUGCGUUGUUUUGUCCUCCCCAGCGACGAUCCAGAAUCCUGUUCAUUCGUUGUUAGAAUCGACAGAAAUCACUACAUCAGUGAACUCAAGCAAGCGAUCAAAACCCUGGCGGCGCCUCGGCUCGACAAUGUCUUUGCACCAAGUCUUCUUCUAUGGAAGUGCGCCAUUCCAAUGGGACAAGAAAUUAUUGAAUCUGUUAGACUAGACGGUACCGAUCGUUCUCUUGACCGCAUCACGGGUGACUGCCGACUUUCAAAGCUCUGGAGUGAGGAGUUGCCUUCCAACACCUUUCACAUCUUGGUACAAGCACCAGAAGAAUCCCCAGGACCACGAAGUAAUUUAAAGAUCCAUGAGGGCUGCUCCAAUCUGAGUGACGAGUCCCAUAUCACCUUCUCAGUUGGUGAAGCUGGUUUACUUUCAACAAAUACUCGGUCCAGUUCAAACAACACAAAGCUUCCUCGCUCCCCUGGCAGCUCCAGAGUUAUCAAGCCUCGACUUCUUCACGCGAGCGAAGGAGACCGUCAAGAUAAAAUCAUGUGCCUUCUCUACGACGCCCUCUGGAAGAAGGGGGAACAAGCUUGGACCAAGAUCUCUCGUAUAAUCAAAGAGCAUGUUCCAGAUUCAGCUGUCGCACUUGGGGAGGCCGAAGGGCGUGACCUGGACCCACCUAAGGAGGCUCAAGUUACGAUCGUUGAUCUUACCUCUCUAUUGAAGUGGACCAUGGAGGAUGCAAAUCUGGAUGUCCUGACUCCGAUCUUUCUAGCCCGAGGCGAAUACACCGAACUCGACAAUUUUCUGGAAUCAAAUGAUAACCAUGUCCUUCUUCUAGGGCAACCCGGCAUAGGAAAGACCAUCUACCUGACUUAUUGUCUUCUAAGGCGACUCAUUGCUGGCUUACCCACCAUUUUCGUAAAAACUUCUGAUAUUCGUUAUAUAUUUUUGGAUUCGGGUGUUUACUGGAUCCCAUGCAACUCUUUCAACAUGUCAGAAGAUUCGCCAUUCACUGAUCGACUGGACAACACGCUUGUGUUGUUUGAUCUCAACGAAGAACAAUCAACACCAGAACGAUUUUAUGACUGGAGAGUUUUAGUGUCGUCAUCCCCGCAAUCUGCACGAUACAAGGAGUGGGUGAAGCACCGAGGGGCUGAGUACUGGGUCAUGAGGACGUGGUCAUGGGAAGAGAUUUCUUUUGCUCGGGAACUGCCACCAACAAAAAUUCACUGA